AUGAGUGCUGUCAAGCGGAGCAAGUCCCCCGAUGGCGAUGCUGAGCGUGAGGAGGAGAUGCAAUAUGGCUCAGUCGGUUUGACAAAAGAAGAGCUGGCAGAAAAAUACCCUAACAGGCCACUGAACCACUCUAAGACGUUGGCCUUUUCUGAGCUUUUCCUGCAACUCUUCAAUCCACUGAAUGAGAACAAAAAACAACCCGCUGGAGGACCAGCUCGUAAGAAGGGGCCACAUGGCGCAACAACACUCUCACCACAGGAACAGAGACGACACAUAAUUGAGAGGUUUAUCAACAGAUGGCGGAAAGAAGUUGGCAAUGACUUUUAUCCUGCCCUGCGUUUGAUCCUCCCUGACAAAGAUCGCGAUCGUGGCGUCUAUGGACUGAAGGAAAAUGCCAUAGGAAAGCUGCUUGUUAAGCUUCUCAAAAUUGACAAGAACUCCGAAGAUGGAUACAAUUUGUUGCAUUGGAAGCUCCCCGGCCAGACAAUGGCUGCACGACUGGCCGGCGAUUUCGCUGGUCGCUGCUACGAAGUCAUCUCCAAGAGACCAAUGCGGACGGAGGUUGGCGACAUGACUAUUGCAGAGGUAAAUCAGCAGCUGGAUAAGUUGGCCGCGUCGACCGCGGAAGCAGAGAAUUUGACGGUGUUUGAGACGUUUUAUAACCGCAUGAAUGCAGAGGAAAUGCUCUGGCUCAUUCGCAUCAUUCUGAAGCAAAUGAAAGUUGGUGCUACGGAGAAGACUUUUCUCUAUUUGUGGCACCCUGACGGCGAGACUCUUUUCAGCGUGUCAUCGAGUUUGAGGCGUGUAUGCUGGGAAUUGUACGACCCGACGCUUAGACUGGAACAGGAAGAAGCUGGAAUAUCGCUGAUGCAGUGCUUUCAACCGCAACUAGCACAGUUCCAAAUGCCUGCGUCGUUUCAAAAGAUGAUUGAGUUACUUCGGCCAACAGAGGAUGACCCGGAGUUUUGGAUCGAGGAAAAGCUGGAUGGAGAACGAAUGCAGAUGCACAUGGUGAAUGACCCUUCUCAUCCCGGCGGAAAGCGUUUCUGCUUUUGGUCACGAAAGGCAAAGGAUUACACGUAUUUAUAUGGAGACGGAGUUCUUGACGGCAAUUCUAGCCUGACACGCCAUCUCAAAGAUGCAUUCGCUUCGGGAGUUCGCAACCUCAUUUUGGACGGAGAAAUGAUCACCUGGGACAUGGCAGUCGACAAAAUCGUCCCCUUUGGAACGUUGAAAACUGCCGCGAUUGCAGAACAACAAAACAAAUCUGGUUCAGACGCAUCUGGCCACCGGCCCUUGUUCCGUGUCUUUGACAUAUUGUAUCUCAACGAUAAGUCUCUCACGCAAUACACCCUCCGUGACCGCCACAAUGCCCUCGAAAAGGCAGUCAAGUCAGUCCACCGACGCCUUGAAAUCCACGCAUAUACAAGUGCCACAACGGCAGAUGCCAUUGAACCUAUGCUCCGAGAUGUCGUGGCCAAUGCCUCGGAGGGCCUUGUCCUCAAAAAUCCCCGCUCAAUGUACAGGCUCAACAGUCGAAACGACGACUGGCUCAAAGUCAAGCCUGAAUACAUGUCUGAGUUCGGCGAGUCGCUAGACUGCGUCGUCAUCGGCGGAUACUACGGCUCCGGUAGAAGGGGUGGCACGCUGUCCAGUUUUCUUUGCGGGCUACGUGUUUCGCAGAAUCACAUACAAGCUGGCAAGAACCCCGAAAAAUGCUACAGUUUCUUCAAAGUAGGGGGCGGGUUUCGAGGUGAAGACUACGCUGAAAUUCGGCAUCACACCGAGGGCAAGUGGAUAGAGUGGGAUAGGAAGAAUCCGCCAACAGAGUACAUUGAGCUUGGUGGCGGUGAAAGCAAGCAAUUAGAACGACCGGAUGUGUGGAUUCGCCCAAAAGAUUCGUUUGUUCUUUCUGCAAAGGCGGCAAGUGUCGGACCAUCUGAUAGUUUUGCGAUGGGAUACACGCUGCGAUUCCCGCGAUUCCGGCGGCUGCGACUCGACCGCAGCUGGGACUCCGCUCUCUCAGUCGACGAGUUUGAAGAGCUCAAGAAAAUGGUAGACCAGGAAGCAAAAGAAAAAGCCAUGACGGUAGAGGACAGAAAGCGCAGAAAUCCCAAGCGCGUGAAGCGAGAGCUCGUGAUUGCUGGCGAGGACACGACACCCGCCGAGUUUGAAGGAGAAAAGUCUCACGUCUUUGACGGUCUCGAGUUUUGCGUCCUUUCCGAGUCACUGAAGCCGUAUAAGAAGACCAAGGCGCAGCUUGAAGCAAUCAUUAAAGAAAACGGUGGCUCAAUUUCUCAGCGAGCUGUUGCGGGUACGCAAAUGGUUCUCAUUGCCGAUAAAAAGGUGGUUAAAGUGGCGAGUCUAAUCAAGGAUGGCACCGCGAACAUCAUUCGACCGAAGUGGAUAAGAGACUGUGUCGAACAGGGCGGUUCGUUUUUACUUCCAUAUGAAGAGGGUCAUUUGUUUCACGCCACGGAGGAUUUGGGCCUUAUUGCAGCUGAGAAUACCGACAUGUAUGGCGACAGCUAUGCCAGGGAUAUCUCUGUGGAUGAGCUACGUGAGAUACUGCAGGAUAUGCCAAAGCUAGAGCAUCGAUUUGACGAAGAACACUUCCUUGAGGAAUUGGAAGAGAGAGGGAAGGGAAUUACAGAUUUGCGCGGCUUCAUGUUUAGAAGAUGCGUUGUACAUUUCCGGCAAGUAGACAGCGUCAAUGCCGCACCGUUGGGGAAGCUGGCACAUUAUGUAAAGUAUGGUGGUGGGCGAGUAGUGGAUGAGCUUGGAGAGGGUGUGACGCAUAUUGUUAUUGUUGGAGAAGAUGCAAUGGAGGUGGGAGAGACAGCGGACGGAGCGAGGAAAGAGGUUAGCUCCUGGAAGAAAGUUCCGCGUGUUUUGGGCGAUAGGUGGGUUUCCGAGUGUUGGAAUGAGAAGACCUUGUUGGACGAGGAGGCAUAUAUGAUUUCAUGA